GACGCCUUUGAGAUUGAAGCAGCUACGUACACUGCAUCUGCAUCACAACCUCAAGAGGAAGCUGCACUGGACAAGCCUUACCAGCUGCAGUCACUGAAGCCGCAACAUGGUUGUAUGCAGCAAGACGCGCCAGGUUCUGAAAAAGCUACUCAUCCUGCGCCUGGCUCUGCAACAGCAAAACGAUAUUUUAUCAAAGCUACCACUAGGCUCAACUGUACCUGAUGUGCCACUCCUUGUACAAGAGCCAUUUGACACAGUAGAAGCACUGGAGACUUUUGAAAGCAAGUUAACAAAGGACACUGACAAACAGCUUGUUCAAGAGCUUUCUGUUCUGGGCGGAAAUACACUCAAGAUAUGCAUCAAACGCAUUCUAUCUUACAUCAUGACGGACAAGGUAGCGAAAGCCUACAGUUGGGAGGGAGGCAAAGGAAAUCUCCGAUUUGUGGAAUUAAGACUCGCAGACAUACUCUCCGCUGCUGUACGCUCCCACAGUAAAUUUUCAGAAGCUACAAACUUCGAUGUGGAAAAAGAAGUGAAGGAAUGUCUCCGACAUACAAAGGACCGGGAUGAGAAAAAGAACAAGUAAUGCAUGUACCCUUCCUUCAAAUCAUAUCCCUGUCUCGUAAUGUGUGCGACCCCUACAUUCUCUUCCUAUUGAAGAAACAGAAUGUGAAGAAACGGCACCGAAAAAUCGGCUUUACUGCAGGCGAGCUGAUCGAGGACUCGAUACUGUAAAAAAACAGAGUUUGGCAAAAAAGAACCCCUGAAACAGAAGGACUCAAAAGCAGCAACAAUAUUUACUUCACGAAAAACAGGGUUCAUAUCCAUAUAGGGUCUGAGGUUUUUGGGUUUUACCCGAUUCUUCCUCGAAUUUAGCAUAGCAGUAUAUAGACCAUCAUUUGCGUACAGUCAAAUCUAAAAACUUUAGCUUCCCAGCUGUUGGCCACUCUUCACUGAAACAUAACUUAGGUCCAGCAUUACGGAUCACAUGCAGUGAGUGCAGAGUGAUAUUGCGGGAGGCAAAGAUGAAAUCAUCCACAUAUAUUGGGCUAUAACAACGGAAUCUGGAGCACGAGACUUUAGGUACGACACAACACAUGAGUCAAAGGAGCUCAGGUAAACCUCAGAUAAUAAUGGAGCAACAGACGAGCCUAUGAAGAUUCACUACGCUGAGAAAAAAAAAGCACAUCUUCAAUACUGGUCACAGUGGACCUUAGAUAGAGAUCUAACAAAUCACUACCGAAUCGCCAAAUUUUUAACCCCUUUAUAGGAAACUGUGCCCGUUCCUAUAUUCAGGAGCAUGUGCAAAAAUCUGGAUGUGUCCCUUUGUUCGAAGGAGUGCUUGCCCUGUCUGCUCCAUCUGUGUCACGUUUCUUCGCACGGGGUUUGUUUCUUCAAUAUGUUGUAUUAAUAAGUCGGAAAAUCUGCAUUACUCUCCUCCAACGGUGAACUCUUUCACUAGCACCACCACCUUCAUUUCCUUGCUGUGUAUCCUGGCAUGUUUAACAUUCCCAAUGGUCUGUGUCGUCUCCCCAGCCCUAUCUGGAUUGGAUUGUGGAUUGUGAGUUUAAUGGCGCAGCGACAACUGAGAUCAUAAUACGCCAAAAUACGAUGAUGAUACAUGAAGGGGUUAUGUUAAGAGUAUAGUGAUUUAAUUAAAAAGAGAGUUGUGUAACUACACUUCUGUGUAAAUCGGAAGGUAAAACUGGUGAACUAAAACUUCACAACUGGUUGAUUACAUUCACCUCUCUAAAAAAAUUAAAACAUUUUCAAAUGGAACGAGAGCCUCAUCACCCAGCAAAAGUGAUGGGUGAAGAGGCAAAUAGUGGUCAUAAAAGAAAGGGAAACACGGCUUACGAUGUUCUUCAAACAAAGGGCAAGUGAUGAGCAGGUGUAAAACGGAAAGGUCAGCUCCGCACCUUGUGCACACGGGUGCUUCCUCUCCCCGUAAAAGAUGUCCAUGAGUGAGAAAGGUGUGCCCUAGCCUCAGUCGACUCAAUAGGACCUCAUGAUGUCGCUUUGGAAAAAGUUGAACACAUGCGCCAACAUGAGGUUUGACUGUCUGAAGUUUGUUGUGUGUUUGUGUUGCCCAGAAACCCUGCCAUUUCUUGUUGAUAUAUUUCUUGAGUUGCAGCAUCAAGUCACUAGACGGAAUUUCAAAAGGUGUGAUAUCAUUUCCUUGGGCAGCUGCAGCUGCACGAUCAGCUUUCUCAUUUCCGCGAAUGCCGACGUGGCUUGGCACCCAGCAUAGCCUCAAGCUGUACCCCUUUUUCUUGUAUGAGACUCAUUAGGUACCGUGCCCGCCUGACCAGUAGGUUCUUGUGUGUUGCAAGACUACUGAUUGCACGCAGAGAGCUGAGGGAGUCUGAGUAUAUCACUGACGUCACAACGUGUUCCUGAAGAAUGUGAUUGAGUACUACAAUAAUAGCGUACAUCUUACCACUAAAGAUCGAUAAAACAGUACUUAAAUUGUGUGACUUUGUGCAUGUGCCAGAUAUCAUGGCGCAUGACACCCCAACGUUGGAUUUCGAUGCAUCCGUGUAAAUCUCAACAUGAUCACCAAAGCUUUUUUUCAGGUCUUCAAAUUCAUGCAUGAUUUCUGCUGCAGGGGUUUCCUGUUUGUUGUAUUUUAGAAGAGUUACAUCACACGCAACGGGUUGUUGCCAAGGGGGAACCAUCUUGCUACAGUCUACUGAGGGUAAGCUAAAACAGGUGAAAGCAUAGUUCUUAACAUCAUGUUGGAGUCGCAUGCUGAACGGGGCUAUCGCAUGGGGCUUGUUCUCAAAAAGCUGCUUAAAGCGAGUGCCUUUUAUGCAGGGUAAAGCAGGAUGUUGAGAGUGCUCCUAAUUCUCAUGCUAUACGAAGCUCCAAGAUAAAUACGCCGUGUUUCCAGAGACCACUCGUUUGACUGUACGUAAAGACUCUGGACUGGAGUGGUUCUGAAAGCCCCAAGCACUAACCUUAACCCGAGGUGGUGCACAGCAUCUAGAGCCUUCAAGACGGAAGGGCGUGCCGAUCCGUAAACGAAACACCCGUAAUUUAACUUCGCACGAACAGUGCUGCUAUAUAUACGGUGAAGGGAUUGACGGUCUGCACCCCAUGAUCUGUGGGAUACAAUUUUAAGUAUGUUCAGAGACUUUAAGCAUUUUGUUUUCAAGUUCUUCACGUGGGAGGAGAAAGUUAGCUUCUUAUCAAAGUUAACGCCAAGAAAUUUAUGCUCGUCCUGAACAGUGAUGUCCUGACCAUUCAUUUUAUCAUCUGGCUCAGCAAAGAAGCCCCUGAGUCGUGAAAAGGGUACACAAAAUCUUUCUGGGUGAAAAUCUAAAUCCAUUCUCGCAUACCCAUUUGCACAGCUUGUUAACGGCAAGUUGUAGCUGACGCUCACAGACAGCAAGACUGGAAGAAGAGCAAGAGAUCUGCAAGUCAUCUACAUAAAGUGAGUAUGAAAUGGAUGGAGGUAGGACACGGACAAGAGAGUUCACUUUGAUUAUGAAUAGGGUGACACUGAGAACAGCUCCUUGUGGAACACCAUUCUCUUGUGCGAAUGGUUGAGAGAUUGUAGUGCCUAACUGGACCCUGAAUGUCCGUCCUUCAAGAAAAUUGGCGACACAGCGAAACAAACGACCACGAAUUCCUAGAACUUGCAAAUCUCUAAGUAUGCCAUACCGCCACGCUGUGUCGUAAGCCUUUUCAAGAUCGAAAAACAAUGGCACACAGUGUUGUCUCCUGAUAAAGGCUUCUCUUAUUGUGGUUUCGAGCCUCAACAUGUGAUCUGAUGUUGAUCGUGCAGCCCUAAAGCCACACUGAUACCUGUCGAAGCAAUGAUUUUCUUCGAGGAAAUACAUAAGACGACCAUUUACCAUCCGCUCAAAUGUUUUACCCAGGCAACUGGUAAGUGCAAUUGGCCUGUAACUCGAUGGAUCCGAUUCAUCUUUUCCUGGCUUUAGGAGGGGGAUGAUGGUCGCCACUUUCCACUGGGAAGGAAGCUGACCUUCUCGCCAGACUAGAUUAAAGAAGUCAAGAAGACUGGAUAGAGACUCGCGUGGCAAGUGCACUAGCAUUGAAUAGGUGAUUCUGUCUGGUACUGGUGCUGUAUUUUUUCGACCGGACAAGGCCCUUAACAGUUCUGCCAUUGUAAAAGGCUUGUUAUAAGCACACCUGUCACCUGAUCUAUGAGGGACGUGCUGCUUCUCAGCACGUUCUUUAAGCUUGAAAAAGUCACUACUGUAGUGGGACUAGCUCGACACGUGCAAAAAUGUUCGCAAAGGACAAUAGCUUGCUCGUCCAAACUCUGACAGACUGUCCCAUUCACUUGAAGCAAAGGGAUAGACAAACUGGUAUAGUCACCUUUAAUUUUCUUAAGCCUGUCCCAUACUACUUUAGAUGGGGUGUUUGUGUUUAAAGAUGACACAAAAGUGCUCCAAGACUGUUUUUUGGCUUGUCGCCGUGUCCAACGUGCCCUAGCACGAGCUCUUUUGAAAAGAAGAAUGUUUGUCCCAGUGGGGUACCUCCUAAAGAUACCCCAUGUUCUGUUCUGUGCUUUGCGUGCCUUUGCGCAUUCAUCUGUCCACCAGGGUUUGGGACGCCUGGGAAGACGGCCAGAUGUCUGAGGAAUGGACUGCUCAGCAGCGUGUACGAUUAUGCUGGUGAUAGUGUUAUUUGCCUCUUCAACAGACAUGCGUUCAAAGGAC